AUGGGCCAUCCGCUCGUCUACAACCUCCCAGUCGGUCCCGUUGCCGUCUAUCCCUCAUCGUCAUCUCCUGAAUUCUUCCAUACCGAUCCAGCCUGCUCUACCUUCUUCUCCUCCGCCAUGAACAUCAACGGAUCCACUCAUUCAAAACCCUCAACCUCCUCUACAUCCCUUUCUUCUUCUGCUGUUGCUGCUGCUUCUGCCCCCAGUCCUUCCACCACCACCAAAAAUCCUACCUGGAAACCUGCUUCUCCGUCGUCCUCGUCCUCCACUCCGCUGACAAUGAACCCUUCGCGUAAACGCUCGCGUGACGAUUACGUCUCUUCCACCCCCUAUUCAAUUGAUGAUGACCAGCGCGAUAGCGGGUUCGGCUCCACGACCACUUCUUCCCCUGCAAUUGAAGAGGUAGAUCCAACAUACGGCGAGGCCAUGGUCCCCUUCAACCAUGAUGGAACUCCCAACCAUCCAUCAUCUUCUUCAGACCUACGUAGCCGCAAAUCGCAACGCUUAGAUACGUCCUCCUCAGCAUCUACCUGGGACGACAACACCAUGGCUACAAUCCAAACCAAGCUUCAAUCCACCUCAUCGUCAACACCACCAAACCACGAUAGCAACUACCAGCUCCACCAACCCAAACGCCAACCCGCCUCUUCCUCAUUCUCUUCCUCCCACCCCCUGAUCCCACAAGAGCCACAACUCGACUCCAUCACCCUCCUCCUCGGCAUAAGCUGGCAACGCGUCUCCCGCACAGACGACGAAGACGUCGCCGCCGCUCUCCGCGGCUGGGAACGGUAUAUACAGAACCACUACGCGGCGUGGAUUGCCCAGGCGGAAAUUCUGCUCAGACAUCGUGGGGUCGGGGCGUUUCUGGUUGCAGGGCGGGUUCCAGCUUCUUCAUCUUCAUCUUCUUCGGUUCCAAAUACAAACACGAAUAUAGAUGCCAAUGGGAUGGGAUCACGCUUUUACCUCUUCAGCGAAGACCUGGCUGAAGCGCGGCUAGUGGGUAAUGAUUGGGAUUCCUGCAUAAGGAAUCUGCGCGAGGUGCCCAUUCGUUAUGAAGAUGGGUCAGUGCUCUUGAGGGCUUCCUUCGCAGCGUCGGCGGUAGAGUCGAUAAAAACAGGAGUGGAGAGGGUUAUGGAGGAUAAAGGGGUGUUGAUUGGGUGUGUUAACGGUGCUGGUGGUGGUGGGGUUGGAGAUGGAGCUGGAAAUGCGAUGGGUAUGGGUAUGGAUAUGGAGGUGGGGAUGGGGAUGGAUAUUGACAACUGGUGA